CGGCGUCGCCUACUUUAGCCGCAGGGCGGUAGUUCUGGUCGCCUGUAAAGGGUGAGACGCGUGCGUGGAGGUCGCCGGCGACGUUCUGUGACGCCGAUCGGACACGACACCAUGGCGGACUCCCGGGACCCGGCCAGCGACCAGAUGAAGAACUGGAAGGAGCAGCGGGCCUCGCAGAAACCUGAUGUCCUGACCACCGGGGCUGGUAAUCCAGUAGGAGACAAACUUAAUGUUAUGACAGCAGGGCCCCGCGGACCCCUGCUUGUUCAGGAUGUCGUUUUCACUGAUGAGAUGGCUCACUUUGACCGAGAGAGGAUUCCAGAGAGAGUCGUGCAUGCUAAAGGAGCAGGUGCCUUUGGCUACUUUGAGGUCACACAUGACAUUACCAAAUACUCCAAGGCCAAGGUGUUUGAGCAUAUUGGAAAGAAGACUCCCAUUGCAGUUCGAUUUUCCACUGUUGCCGGAGAAUCUGGCUCAGCUGACACUGUUCGUGACCCUCGUGGGUUUGCAGUGAAAUUUUACACAGAAGAUGGUAACUGGGAUCUUGUUGGAAAUAACACUCCCAUUUUCUUUAUCAGAGACCCAUUAUUGUUUCCAUCCUUUAUCCAUAGCCAGAAGAGAAACCCUCAGACACAUCUGAAGGAUGCAGACAUGGCCUGGGACUUCUGGACCCUGCGUCCUGAGUCUCUGCAUCAGGUUGCUUUCUUGUUCAGUGACCGAGGGAUUCCGGAUGGACACAGGCACAUGAAUGGAUAUGGAUCACAUACUUUCAAGCUGGUUAAUGCAAAGGGAGAGGCGGUUUAUUGCAAGUUCCAUUAUAAGACUGACCAGGGCAUCAAAAACCUUUCGGCUGAAGAUGCAGCAAGAAUUUCCCAGGAAGAUCCUGACUAUGGCCUCCGGGACCUUUUUAAUGCCAUUGCCGCUGGCAACUACCCCUCCUGGACUUUUUACAUCCAGGUCAUGACGUUUAGUCAGGCAGAAAAUUUUCAGUUUAAUCCAUUUGAUCUUACCAAGAUUUGGCCUCACAAAGACUUCCCUCUUAUCCCAGUUGGUAAACUGGUCUUAAACCGGAAUCCAGUUAAUUACUUUGCUGAGGUUGAACAAAUGGCCUUUGAUCCAAGCAACAUGCCACCUGGCAUUGAGCCCAGUCCUGACAAAAUGCUUCAGGGCCGUCUUUUUGCUUAUCCUGAUACUCACCGCCACCGCCUGGGAGCCAACUAUCUUCAGAUACCUGUGAACUGUCCCUUCCGCACUCGACUGGCCAACUACCAGCGCGAUGGCCCCAUGUGCAUGUUCGACAAUCAGGGCGGUGCACCCAAUUACUACCCCAACAGCUUCAGUGCCCCGGAGCACCAGCACUCUGCCCUGGAGCACAGAUCUCGAUACUCUGCAGACGUGCAGCGCUACAACAGCGCCAACGAGGAUAAUGUCACUCAGGUGAGGGCAUUCUAUUGCUCCGUGCUGAAUGAAGAGGAGAGGACACGCCUGUGCGAGAACAUUGCCGGCCACCUGAAAGACGCACAGCUUUUCAUCCAGAAGAAAGCGGUCAAGAACUUCAGUGAUGUCCAUCCUGACCUGGGGGCCCGCGUUCAGGCUCAUUUGGACAAAUACAACUCUAUGAAUUCUAAGAAAUCAGUUCACACCUUUAUGCAGCCCGGGAGUCACUUGGCUGCAAAGGAGAAAGCUCAUCUGUGAGAAUCGGGCCCCUUUUCCUGCACCCGGAGAUGCUCAGCCUGUGAAGUGAAGAAUGGUAUCACACAUAACCCACUCAUUGCUGGAUAAAAGAUUCUGUGCUAGAUUGCCAAAUACAAACUAAUGUUUUUAAAACGAUAGUCCAGGUUUCAGUAGCAGAUAAUGUAGUAAUGGCUUUUAAUGCUAUUUCCCUUGGGGAAAAAUGAAGAUUUGGGUUUAACAGUCACUUAAUAGAAACAUGUAUUUGCUUUGACAGUUGGAUGGAUUAUACAUUUAAAAUGGCUACAAUAAACAUUUCUAGAGAAAUAUGAUUGUAUUUGAUAAGAGGAAAUCUUGGUGAAAUUAGUAGAUGUGUAUCAUCUCAUGGCCGAUUAUAUACAAAUACGGCUGCAGUUGUACAAGAAAAAAGAUAAAGAUAAUCUGCUCAGAAAUUGUAGUUAAAAAAAGUCUUAUAAGGAAGACAUUUAAUACUUUGGUGUCUUUUAAAAAUAACUUCAGUACCCAGUACCAUGGCUUAAUGAUUAUUCCUGCUUGGAAUUGCUCAGAUUGUUUUUUUUCUAUUUGGAAUCAUAUUAAUGCUAAUAUAAUACUGAUUUUGCAAUCAAUUGAUUUGUAAUUGCUUACAUUUUUGCAAUAAAUUAAUCUACACAAGAAUAGAAGAAUGGUAUUUGAUUUUUUAUUUCGGCUUCAUAUAUGUAACUCAAUGUCUCACCAGACUCUCAAUCUGAGUAUCACUUGUUAGCAGAUGCUUACUCUUCAAAUUGAGAAAUGCUAAUAUCACAAGGAGGCUAUGCCAUUUGUUUAAAUGCUAGCCUUUAGAAACAGCCUACUGAGACACUGGGGACCUUUAUUGGGAAAACAGCAAACUUUGAAAAAUGCUUAGAUCUCCUGUCCAUUCACUCACUACCUUAUCUAAUUAUGAAUUUUUAAAAUAAGGGUUCAGACCCCUCAGUUAUUUUUUAACCCAUAUUUGCCUAUCACGCUUGAAAAUCACAUGGAACACUUUAAAGUGAAUUCUGAAUAUUAAGUGAAACCUGUUUUCCUUGGAAAUCCUUGUUUCCUCUGUCUCAGAUCUCUAAGACCAGUUUGUACUUACUCUCAGGAAUUCCCUGAGAUCUUGGGCUUCAGAAAACAAUUAGACCUCUUAUGGAAUCAAACUUUUAGUCUCUUAGCUCAAACUUAAUCUCCUGUCAAACUCUCCUGCCUAAAUUCCUCAAGUCUUUGUGCUUGAAGAUUAUCACAUGUGUAGAUAUAGAAAGUAAAUGAUUCAGAGAUAAAUACUCUCAAUAU